UACACAGUGUCCUUGACUAAAAACUGUUGUUGUUCGACUGCCUUCUUUUCGUUCUUGACGAUUAGUUCUAUCAAAAAUUAAUUUCAUUAAUGAGAUUUCUAUUCACAUCGUUUUUGUUGUAUUAAUCCGUGUAUAUAAAAAAGAAAUACACAACAAUAAUCUAGUGAAAUUUUUUUAUGAAACAAUAAAGUAGUAGUCAAUACGAAAAAAUAUACACAAUGAUGAACCCGUUAUCAUUUUUUGAAACCAUUAUUUGAAUAUGAAUAAUUUAGAUGAAUUAUAUAUUGAUGUGAUAUACAAGAUAAAAACAAACAUACUUUCAUAUUAAAACAUUAUAUAGAAUUACUAUAAAAUGGCAGCUGGAACACCUCAAGAUUUAGAUGGCUUUUUGCCUUUAUUAUCAACAACUGAUAUUAGAAUGAAAGUAACGGUAGGAGGGAAAUUGUUUACAUAUUUGGAAGAACCAAGUAAUUCUGUUGAAUGUUCAGACAUUGGAUUAUUCAUUGAUGGAAUUGUUCAAUGGUUAUCAAAUAGUAAUCCCAAAGUUACCCAAUAUGGAAUUGAAAUUAUUACACAACUAAUAACAAGAAUGCGAACAGAUUUCAGACCUUAUAUAUCAACUGUUUUACCUCUUGCAGUUGAUCGAUUAGGUGAUGGUAAAGAAUCAAUAAAAAUGAAGGCAUUAUUUCUUAUAAUGAAGUUGAUGGAAUGUGAUACAAUCAGUCCACAGUCACUAUUUGAUAAAAUAUCAGCCAAUGCAUUCAACCAUAAGAAUAGUAAUGUAAAAGAAGGAGCUAUGAAACUUUUACUUUCAACUGUUGAAGAAUUUGGUGCUAAUUGUAUAACUAUAUCAAAAAUUGUACCAAUGAUAAUAAAGUUAUUAAGUGAUCCUAAUGUUCAAGUUAGACAUAAAGCAUUUGAAACUUUAGUAGAUUUAUACAAACAUGUAGGAGAAAAAUUACGAAAUGAUAUUCAAAAAAAAUAUACCAUACCUCAAGGAAAAAUGACAGACCUGAUGAAUAAAUUUGAUGAAGCCAAGGCAGCUGGAGAUUUAUUACCUACUGCUUUUGUAGGCCUUAGUCUUGCCGAUGAAGAUGAAAUAGAUCGUGCAUGUAUGUCAGGAAAUAAACGAAUUCCAGGCAGUGUCAAAAGGCCUGGUACUUUUUUCCCUCCAAAUUCUACUACCCCUUUACAUCGAACAGGUUCUGUACGAAAACCUGGGUCAGCAUCAUCAACUACCUCUUCACAUGCUGGUGCAGUUGACGAAGAAACAUUCAUUCGAUCUUUUGAAGAUGUUCCUACUGUUCAAAUUUUUAGUGUAAGAGAUCUUGAUGAAACAAUGAAAAAGUUACAUGAAAGUAUUCAAGAUGGUAAUGAACAAUGGAAUAAACGAGUUGAGUCAUUAAAAAAAAUUAGAUCACUAGUUUUAAUUGGAACUACAAAAUAUGAAGAAUUUUUUAACAAUUUAAGGUAUCUAGAACAUUCCUUUCAGACUUCUGUGAAAGAUUUACGAUCUCAAGUUGUAAGAGAAACUUGUAUCACUAUAGCAUUUUUAUCUCAGCGUUUAGGUAUUAAAUUUAAUCAUUUUGCUGAAUCAAUAUUUAGCAAUUUAAUUGAUCUUAUUCCUAAUUCUGCCAAAGUAACUGCAUCAUCUGGAUUAGUUGCUAUAAGAUUUAUUUUGGAACAUACACAUGCUUCUCGUAUAAUUCCCAUUCUAGCAAAUAGUUUAAAUUCCAAAUCAAAAGAUAUCCGUCGAGCAUGCUGUGAAUUUUUCGAUCAAAUAUUACGCACGUGGCCAACUCAUGCCUUAGAAAGACAUAUAACUAUACUUCAAGAUUCUAUUAAAAAAGGUAUAGCUGAUGCUGAUUCUGAUGCUAGGGUAUUAUCACGUAAGGCAUAUUGGGGGUUUUGUGAACAUUUUCCUGAUCAAGGUGAAGCGCUAUUGAACAAAUUAGAACCAGCAUAUCGAAAAGUAUUGUUAACAAAUUCUGGUUCUAGUUCAUGCUUACCCAAAUCAAUAAUGGCUGAGAGUACUAGAAUGCCCUCUAGACGUCCUGUUACACCUCAAAGUACUAUUUCAAUGAGGUCAAGUAGUGCCAUAGAUUUGCAAGCAGCUCAAAGAGCUAAAGCACGAGCACAAUAUGCAGCAUUAGCAAGACAAAAAGUUAAUCCAAUGUCAUCUCCACAGCUAAUUUCUAAGAAAACUGGUGAAGAAGAAAGAGUAGGAAGAUCCAGAGGUCGAAUGUCUAUAUCUCAACCAACUAGUCGUUCUGGAUCACCAUCAUCAAGAUUUGCAUUUGGUCAACCAAAAUCUAGAAGGGGUAGUUCUGGAAUACCUAGAUCUCAAGAUACUAGUAGAGAAGCAAGUCCUAAUCGGUAUAGUUCUUUAGGAUCACAUUCAAGUAGUAGAAGACCUCCUAUUUUACCUACAUCAAGGCCAAUAAUGGCACAAAAAAUACUAUUGCAAAGUAGGGAAGCAGAAUCUGCCUUGGCUGAUGCUCUGGGUACUACAGGGAGUCAUAAGUCUCCAAGAAAAGUGCUUGGAAGAUCCUUAGAAGAUCAUAGUGAUGAGAGUGAAACAUCAAGUAUUUGUUCUGAGCGAUCAGUUGAUUCACACAGAAGACCAUCAGAUUCAUUUUAUUGGAAUGGAUCACAGCAUAGGUUGCAUAAUAAAGAUAUUUGGGAAAAUGCUAAUUUAGACAUAGUAGACAUUAUUUCAAAUUGUGAAAGUUCAUUUUGGAACAAUCGAAAAGAUGGCCUAGUAAAUUUACAAUACUAUUUACAGCAAGGCAAUAAAAUAAGUGAAAUUUUGUUAAGAAGAUUGACAGAUGUAUUUACCAAAAUGUUCAUGGAUUCUCAAACUAAAGUUAUAAGUUUAUUUUUAGACGCUCUCAAUGAAUUAAUUGUAACACAUAGCCAAUAUUUAGAAUACUGGUUAUAUAUUCUAUUAGCAAAACUUUUUAACAAGGGUGGUUCUGAUAUAUUAGGUUCUGUUCAUUCAAAAAUUUUAAAAACCAUGGAGGUCGUCAGAGCAUCAUUUUCUUGUGAUGCUCAAUUAACAGCCGUUUUCAAAUUUCUUACAGAUCCUACUCAAACACCUAAUGCUAAAAUGAAAAUAGCUGCUAUGAGUUAUAUUUCAAAAUUAGCAGUGACAACAGAUCCUGGGUCAGCAUUUCCUUCAGCCAUUGAUGGAAAAAAAGAUUAUGCAACUUUAGCUUUAACAAAAAUGAUUGGUUGGACUAUGGGUAAUAAUAUUAAACAAGGUCCAGAAUUAAGACGUGUUGCUCAAGAUGCAAUAUUGGCAUUAUAUAGCUUAAAUGCAUCUCAAAUUACACUGAGGCUAUCUCAAUUACCUGAAGAAUAUCAAGAAGCUGUGUCUGGAAUAAUUAAAAAUAGAGUUAGAAGAAGUAGUGUGGAUCAGUUGUUGUCUCCAAAAUAUAACCGUCAGUCACCAACAAACUUAGCUUCUCCCCCUCUACAACCUGACACUACAGAUGCUUUUAAUUCUGAAGAAAUUUAUAAGUCAUUAAAACAAACUUCAGCUGAAAUACAAAAAUAUAGUUUAGAAUGUCAUUUUACUGGUGAUAGAGAAACUGCUUCCUAUGAUUCUGGAAUCAGUCAAAUGUCUUCUCGCACUGAAGUUGAAAAUCAUAACUUAAAUGGCUACAAAAACGGACAUACAACAACCACAGCAGAUGGAAUUGUAAAAGUUCUUGAUGAUUUGGACAAAGAUUCUUUACAGUUAGAUUAUAAACAAUCAAGUCUAAAUCGUUUGAAAGAAGUCAUUCGAGAUGGACCUUCAGAAAUACUAGUUAAAAAUUUCAAAAAAAUAAUCAAAGUAGUUUUAAAGUUAUUAAUGGAUAAUGAACCUAUUAUUAGAGAGCAAGCAAUAUUAUUAAUAACAUCUCUAGUCCAGAGACCAGAAAUGGCUCCAUGUUUUAUUAAUUUCACUGAAUUAAUAAUUCUUAAAGUACUGAACAUGUGUUGUGAUCCUUGUAAACCAGUAGUUAAAGUUGCAGAAGAAUGUUCAUUUGCUUUAAGUGUGUCUUUACAACCAGAAACUGUAGUUAGAGUAAUAACUCCACUUAUAUCUGCCAAAGAAUUUCCUGUAAAUUUAAUGGCAAUUAAAAUGAUGACCAAAUUGGUGGAUAUGUAUGGCAGUCCUCCUGUUGCUUCCCAAAUGAAAGAAAUAAUGCCAGGACUUUUGCAAGGCUAUGAUAAUCCAGAUAGUGCAGUUAGAAAAUCAGCUGUAUUUUGUAUGGUUUCUCUACAUAAAGUAUUUGGUGAACAUGAAUUUGCACCAUAUAUAUCUUGUUUGAAUGGUGCAAAACUUAAAUUGCUUAAUUUGUAUAUAGAACGUGCUCAGCAGUCUUCUCCAACAUCACCCAGAACUAAUUAGUCAACUGAUAUUAUUGUGAAUAAUUCAUAAUUGAACAACAAAUGAGUCCAAUGGAAAUUAAUUUCUAGAAUUUGUAAUACUUGCACAUAAUAUAAAUGCAAGUUAUUUCUAGUAAUUUGACCAACAUAAGGAUGCUCAAG